CGGCAGUAUGUCAAGAUCACUUCAUCUUCAGUGAUGUGUAGCUUGUGCGCGCAAACAAUCCUGACUGGGACUGACGAUUCCAUUUUUUAAAAUUGAUAUUCUCAAGAUUGGUACUGGAACUGGCACUGAUAUCCCGGUGGUAAUUUCAUUUCACCAGAGGAUGAAAAAAAUCAGGGGAAAAAUGUUUUGGGUUGUUAUCAUGGUGGUGAUGCCUGGUACAUUACUGAAAUGUUCUUCAGCUGAUUUAACCGCGACUGUUGACGAUCAAUAUCCGUGGAGUGCGCUGGCUCAACGAAAAGGACCAACGGCUCAGGAUACAGCUGGGGGAAAAUCGUUUAAACAUUCGAAUGAAAAAAUAUCGAUCGAUAAAUUUCUUCGGGCCUCAUGGCAAAAAUUUCCGCAGUCACCAGCUUAUGAUGAACCAUCAUUUGGUCAGCAAAUCGAAGACCAAGGCCCGGGUUCAAUUGAAAUCUAUCGUUUAACGAAUCUUGAUGACACAGACUUGAGCAUACCACCUCUACCCCUCUGGAACAAUCCAAGCCACCGUGAGAAGCUGGUGAAUAAUAAAUUGCCAACGGUUACCUACGAGUUUAAAAAAUCCCAUAAACCGGGAAUGAAGAAAAAGCCGUUAUUUUUACGUCCAUCACAAACCGUUGAUAAGGAGAGAAAGGAAAACGAUCGAAUGGGUGUGCCGGAGCUUCAAAUUGGGUGUGAGGGGCUUGAAGCAUCGUCAGAGGAAUUCAACCGUGAGCCAAGAUCAAUUUCCGUUAAAAAUACUAGCCAAGAUACUUAUGUUGAAGUACCACCUGUUUCACCGAUUCAUCCAGUGACCAUAGACUGGGAUUACAACGAGGACGAUCAACCUCGUCGUUACGAGGACAUGGACGAGCUACUCAAGCUGAAGAAUCUCGAGUUGAUGGUGAAUAAGAAAAUUAAACAUCGGGGGGAUAUGGCGCCUGAGGUGGACUCUGACGUUGAGUUUGAUGGGAAGAAAGUGCCACUUCGUGGUGACCUGGUGGUAAAUCGUAAGGUCAGGUCAGUGUCAGGGAAUUAUAAAAACCGUUGGAAUAACGACGCUGGUCUGUGGGGUUUCGGUGAAAAUGAUGGAUACAUCUCAGAGGAUGAUGAUGGAUUUGAUGGGAGGGGAGGGCAAACCGAGGCUCAAAGGUACCGAGAUAAUUAUCAAAGAGCUCAACAGGAGGAGAUGGAUAGGAGAAGAAAGGAGCAAUUGGAGAGGCAGAGAAUUGAUGGGAGCAGGAGAAAUGAUCACGUGACACACUCGGAGAUUGAGAAGAUUCAGAAGGAGUAUGAGUUGAGAUUGUCCGCAGAGCAGAGGGAUCGGGAGAGGAAAUUGAAGGAGUACAUUGAGAGGAAUCGUCCGAUUGUCGUUGAGAAUCGGGGGGAUGAGGAGAGGAGACUCCUUGAGGAAUUUAGAAGAAUAUCGGGGGGAAACGGUAGGAGCGAUCCACGGUGGAGGCAUCAGGAUCGGUCAAGGGGGCCAUCACCACCGCCAGCGUAUCCCGGUUCUUCACGAGUUGAUGAUGCCAGGAGGCAGGAGGAUGAGCGGAGAAGACUGGAGGAGCAGCGCAGGAGGUGGGAGGAGAUCAGGCGAGAGGAUGAGGCAAGGAGGUCCGAGCAGGAGAGGAUGAGACAGUUGGGAGGACGACAUCGAGUAAAUAACGAUAUGAGGGGUAAUUCGCUUGAGGAGAGGAGAGCUGAGGAGAGGAGAGCUGAGGAAAGGAGAGCUGAGGAAAGGAGAACUGAGGAGAGGAGAGCUGAGGAGAGAACUGAGGAGAGGAGAGCUGAAGAGAGAAGAGCUGAAGAGAGAAGAGCUGAGGAGAAGCGGCGGGCAGAGGAGCGGCGACGGGAAAUGGAACGGGAGAGGUGGAUUGAGAUGCAGAGAAAUGGCAAUAGGAAUUCAGAUUCGAGAGCUGAGGAGAGACGGAGGGAAGAGGUGGAAAGGAUGGAAAAGAUGAAAGAGAUGGAAAGGAAAUAUAGAGAGAGAAAUGGUGGAGGGAGGAGGGAGGAAUCGGGGGAUUCAAAUAGACGGGUAGAUGAGCGUUCGAGAACUCAGACACGAUUGGGGGAAGAAAGGGAUCGUUUUAUGGAACAGAAGCAGAAGACUCCGCAUGUGAAACUUCCGAGGUGGGAAGAGGCUAGACUCAAUGCCCUUCCUGUCAGUGCGAGGAUCAUACUUGUUCCAAAUUCAUCUCACAGGUCAUCUACCCCAUCACCACUUUUUCCCUCACGAGGGAAUUUUGGGGAUGACGAUCAUGGAUCGAAUAAUCCACCGAGUGCCUGUGUCUGGGCUGUUGUCCAGUGCUGUCCCAGUCGUGAUCACCGAGUAUUGAAUAGUUGUUUCGAGUAUUUAGGGUGCCCUGGAGUUAGUUGGGAUCCUAAUCCGUGUACAAGUGCUAUAUCCGACGCCGCAAGAUCUCAAGUCGCCCAGUUCUAUGCGAGCGCUGAUGAAACGUGACAAUCAACAGUUUGAGCAAAUUCUUCUUUUUAUUUCUUCUAUUUGAUACUGUGUGCUAUAUUGUACUCGUCGCUUAUAGCUAGGCUUAAUCUCUCAACAAAUAAAUGAUUGAUAAACUAA